AUGGCUGACUAUAACUCCCUGACUGACAAAGCCCCCACAGUGGCAGUCAUUGGCCUAGGGGCCCUUGGCUUGGUGGCCAUGAAGAAUCUGCUUGAGGUUGGAUUCGAUGUCACUGGCUACGACAAGCACCCUUAUGUUGGCGGGUUGUGGAACUACAAUAAAAGCAAGGAUGCAAUUUCUGUUCUACCUACUACUGUGGCCAAUGGCUCAAAGCAAAGAGGAUGCUUCACAGACUUUCCUUUUCCAGAUGAAACACCAGAUUUUCCACCAGCGGCAGAUAUGCACAAGUACCUGGUAUCAUAUGCAGAGCACUUUGGUAUUCUGCCACGGGCUCGAUUAGACACAGUUGUCCAUCGUGCAGAGUGGAAUACUGAUACUGCCCUCUGGGAUGUAGAGACAUCUACUGGGGACGAGCCAAAGAUUGUUCGCAGUUUUGACAAGGUUGUCUACUCCAUGGGGCCCGAUCAAACCCCCAAUGUGCCCUCAAUUCCAGGUAUGGAUCAAUUUGGAGGCGAAGCGGUGCAUUCAAUUGCGUUCAAAAGUCCGGAGGAUUGGGCUGGCAAGCGCAUGCUCGUUGUUGGUUUUGGAAACACCGCUGCCGAUGUAGCGUGUGAGCUUGCAGGCAAGGCUGAAACUGUCUAUCUGUCUCAUCGACAUGGCAGCAUUGUGCUUCCUAGAUGGGUCGAUAAAAAACCUGUCGAUCACAUUCGAACGUAUCGCAAGGGCGUGUUCCUCGAGCAACUAUCUCGCUAUGCCCCGAACGUUUGGACAAAGCUCAUGAACAAGGUUAUUCUGGGCCUCAGAGAUCGACUCUACGAUCUCAAGCCCGAGUGGGGAUUUGACCCAGCACCCUCAGUGAAUCAAGCACGGCCCAUUAUCAGUGAUUACUUGGUCGACCAUCUCUCUCGCGGACUUAUAAUCUCAAAGCCGCCCAUUGAGAAGAUCCUAGAUUCUCACAGGAUUGAGUUUCAAGAUGGGAGUGUCGCUGAUAUUGACGGCAUCAUUUGGUGCACCGGCUACACAGUCGACUACUCUAUCUUGGGCAAGAGUGAUCCCACUAUAUACCGGGGAUCGGAUAUUCGCAGUGCCAAUGGUCGCAAGAUUCCACGACUUUACCAGAAUCUACUUUCUCUGGAACACCCGGAGUCUUUGGCAUUUAUGGGAAAUCUGUCAUUCAUGAACCCGGCGUUCCUCAUGUUCGAUUUGGCUACAAUGGCCCUAGGUCAGGUGUGGUCUGGGCGAUCCUCCCUCCCACCUCGUGAGGAGAUGAUCCGCGCAGUCGAUAAACAACAUGAAUGGCUUGCGGAGCUGGCAACUAAGGGAGCCGUCACUCCAGGUCUCGUGAAGGGUGCGGACUGGCUAGAUUGGGUCGAAGAAACCGCUGGACUAGGAAUGAAGGAGAAUCUCGGAUAUGGCCUACAAGGGUGGUACUUCUGGCUCACGAACCGUUCGCUAUGUAACACUCUCAUGGAUGGUCUGCUUUUGCCUUUCCAUUAUCGACUGUUCGAGGGUAAGCGGAAGCGAUGGGAGGGCGCUGAAGAGGCCAUCUUGAAGGUCAGCGAGGAGCUACGCAUCAAGAAUGUGACUAAGAAGUGGCAGUAG